ACUUUUAGAAAGGGAAAUGGGCUGGGGCACUGCCAAGUUUGGUUCUUCUGUUCUUUUUCUUCUUGAGUUUAUUUAGGUGGAUGGUUUUUACUAGAGAAGAAAGGGUUGAGAUAUCUAGACGACACAAUUGUUAAAUUGUUAAAUUAAUUUGACCCAGGUGUUUUAAAUUUCUUUGAAAAUAAGUCGAAUUGGUUGUGGGUUGAAGAGGAAGGGAUUCAAGAAGUUAAAUUUAAGGUUGUUGUCAGCAAUUAAGGGGUUAGAAGGUGUAUUGAUAAAAUGACUACCCCGAGAUCAAAGUCUCCGCGACCUGUUACCCCUAAAGCGGGGGAGAAGGAGGAGUCAUUUUGGGACAAGUUUGGAACAUUGGGACGAAAGAAGAGGAUCAAGGAAGUUCAAAUUGUUGAGGAAGAAGGAAAGCAUGCAAUUGAUUCGCCUGGAAGUCCUUUGGCUUUUAGUAUUUCCCCUGAGGAAUACGAUUUAGCUGAAGGGGAAGAACGAUUGCUGAUUGAACGAAAGAGUUACGAUGAUCCAAAACUGGGGCAAUUAAUUCAGCUCCUGAUCGAUUGGAUAAAUGACGAAUUGGCGGAUCAUCGAAUUAUUGUUAAAGUCAUUGACGAUGAUCUUUACGAUGGUCAAGUUCUGCAGAAAUUGCUUGAAAAACUGACUGGACAGAAACUCGAAGUUCCAGAAGUGUCACAAUCAGAGGAAGGACAACGCCAUAAAUUGCAAGUAGUUUUGGGAACUGCCAAUCAAAUCCUUGGUCUUCCACGAUGGUCAUCACAAAAAUGGAGUGUCGAAUCCAUCCAUUCCAAGAGUUUGGUUGCCAUCUUGUACUUGUUGGUGCAUCUUGCUAGACAUUUUCGAGCUCCAUUGAGGCUUCCAGAAAAUGUAAAUGUGGAAACGGUUGUAAUCAAGAAACAAAGUGGGAAACUGCAAUAUCGCCGAGUGACGGAAGAAUUGACUUCCACUUACGAUGAAUUUGGAAUGCGAUGCGAGCGAGAUGCUUUUGAUGCUUUGCUUGACCAUGCUCCAGAUAAACUUCAAGUUGUGAAAAAGAGCUUGGUGACAUUUGUUAACAAACAUUUGAACAAAGUCAAUCUGGAAGUUAACGAUAUCGAGUCUCAGUUUCAUGAUGGAGUGUAUCUCGUACUUCUCAUGGGCCUCUUGGAGGGUUACUUUAUCCCCCUCUUCGAAUUUCACUUGACACCCAAGGAUUUUGAUCAAAAGGUCUUCAACGUUGCCUAUGCAUUUGAAUUAAUGCAAGAUGCAGGAUUGUCUAAACCAAAAGCACGUCCUGAAGACAUUGUCAACUUGGACCUCAAAUCUACUCUUCGAGUUCUGUACAAUUUAUUCGCCAAGUAUAAGAAUAUUGGAUGAACACUGACCAGAACUCCUGCUGCCUCUUCUCCAGUGACUAUAUUAGUGAAUUCGCCUCUAAUGAAACCAAUGUGUUCUUGCAAAAAACCGUUCAUCAAAUGGAACUCUGCCUUUGUAGUUCCUGGAUCAGUGCCAUUAAUGAAAUGUGAAAUUAACUAUCUAAUCUGAAACUAAGUAUUAUUACGAAACUCAUAUUAACAUUAGUUGUAUACCGUAAAUGCGAAUCAAUCAGUUGAUAUGUAUUUAAUGAACUUUCGUAAUCUCGUAUAUAUAGUAUUACCUCCUUUAUACAGCUAAAUAGCUUUAAAUGUAAUUGAAUCCCUCCACUUCUAGCAAUUUAAAAUAUUGACAAACAUAUACCAAUUAUAUCCAUCUAACAGGUUUCAGUCAACAAUCUCCAACUACUACGUACUGCUGCUACACAGACUUAACUUAAGUGCAAUAUUAAAUGUGCAGCUAUGUUAAUGCAACUUAAUAAUAAAACCCAGUCAUAAUAACUGCA